CUUUUUUUAUUAUAUACAGUUUUUCUCUAAAUCCAGAUUCCACAAUGGAGGCCGAGUACUACGACGACGAACUCCCCUACGAGUACGACGAGUACGAUGAGGAAAUCACGCAGGAAGACUGCUGGGCCGUAAUUACCCGGUACUUUGACGAGAACGGGCUGGUGCGCCAGCAGAUUGCGUCGUUCAAUGAGUUCAUUGAAAACACGCUGCAGGAAAUCGUCGACGAGAACCGCACGCUGGUGCUGCAGACGUCGAUCCAGGGCAAGCAGCGGCAGGAGGUGUUCAAGCGCUUCCGCAUAGAGUUUGGCCAAGUAUAUCUGUCACAGCCAGCGUUUACGGAGAAGGACGGAAGCUCAGCGGCUUUGCAUCCGCAGGAGGCGCGGCUGCGCAACCUGACAUACGCGGCGCCGCUGCUGGUGGAUAUCUGCCAGGAGACGUCGGUGGCUGACACGCUGAACCCGCGCAACGCCAACAUCACGUCGGUGGCCGACAUGGAGAUGGAUAUUCUGAACCGCGACUGUCAGGUGGACGAGGACGGCCGGCUGUUUGGCGGGCGCAAGGUGUUUAUCGGCAAGAUCCCGAUCAUGCUGCGGUCAAACUUUUGUUUGCUGCAUGGGCUCAGCGACCACGACCUGCACCAGCUGGGCGAGUGCCCGUAUGACCAGGGCGGCUACUUUGUGAUCAACGGCUCGGAGAAGGUGCUGAUUGCACAGGAGCGCAUUGCCACCAACACGGUGUUUGUGUUCAAGAAGAACCUGCCGUACCCGCACUAUACGGCGGAGAUCCGCAGUAGUGCCGAGCGCGUGUCGAAGCAGGCAAGCCCGCUGUUCCUGAAGAUGUCCAACAAGGGCGUCGAGAAGGGCUCGGGCCACACCAUCCAGACCACGAUCCCGUAUAUCCGCUCUGACAUUCCGGCCGUGGUGGUGUUCCGUGCGCUGGGCAUGGUGGCUGCCAAGGACAUCCUGGAGCACAUUGCCUACGAUGUCAACGACGCGCAGAUGAUGGAGAUGCUGAAGCCGUCGGUCGAGGAGGCCUUUGUGAUCCAGGACCGCGACGUGGCGCUCGACUUUAUCGGCAAGCGUGGAACCACUGUCGGUGUCAGCCGCGACAAGCGUGUGCGGUAUGCAACAGAGAUUCUGCAGAAAGAGUUUCUGCCCCAUGUCGGCACGCAGGCGCACAAUGAGACGGUCAAGGCGUACUUCUUUGGCUACAUGAUCCACCGGCUGCUUCUGUGUGCGCUGGAGCGGCGAGAGCCCGACGACCGUGACCACUACGGAAAGAAGCGCAUGGACCUGGCCGGACCCCUGCUGUCGAUGCUGUUCCGCAACCUGUUCCGCAAGCUCACCAAGGACGUGACGCGGUACCUGCAGAAGUGCAUUGACUCAAACCGCGACUUCAACCUGACCAUUGCCGUCAAGUCCAACACUAUCUCAACCGGUCUCAAAUACUCGCUGGCCACCGGAAACUGGGGCGACCAGAAGAAGGCCAUGCAGGCGCGCGCUGGUGUGUCGCAGGUGCUGAACCGCUACACGUUUGCGUCGACGCUGUCGCAUCUGCGUCGCUGCAACACGCCCAUCGGCCGCGACGGCAAGAUCGCCAAGCCGCGCCAGCUGCACAACACGCACUGGGGCCUGGUGUGCCCGGCCGAGACGCCCGAGGGCCAGGCGUGCGGACUGGUCAAGAAUCUGGCACUGAUGGCCCACAUCACUGUCGGCUCUGACUCCAAGCCUGUCAACCUGUUGCUGGAGGAAUGGGGCAUGGAGAACCUGACCGAGGUGCAGGCCUCGAGCAUCCUCAAUGCCACCCGCGUGUUCCUCAACGGCAUGUGGGUCGGCAUCCACCGCGAGCCCGAGGACCUGGUUCGCCCCUUGCUGGCUGCGCGCCGCAACCUCGACAUGUCGUUUGAGGUGUCGAUUGUGCGCGAUGUGCGUGAGAAGGAGCUCCGCAUCUACACCGACGCUGGCCGCGUAUGCCGUCCCUUGCUUGUGGUCGACAACCUGCAGCUGCUGCUGAAGAAGACGCAUAUCCAGCAGAUCGAGGCCACGGAUGUGCAGGAGGAGAACGCCUACAAGUGGCACGACCUGCUGGCGGACGGCGUCAUCGAGUACCUGGACGCCGAGGAGGAGGAGACGGCCAUGAUCUGCAUGACGCCGCAGGAGCUGGGCGAGAGCCGGCUCUUUUUGCAGAAGGGAAUCGAGCCGAUGCAGGAGAGCGACCUGGCGUCCCGCGUGCGCUCUCGGCGUAACAUCCACAUCAAGACGUGGACGCACUGCGAGAUCCACCCGUCGAUGAUUCUGGGUAUUUGCGCGUCGAUCGUGCCGUUCCCCGACCACAACCAGUCGCCGCGUAACACGUACCAGUCGGCCAUGGGCAAGCAGGCCAUGGGCAUCAUGCUCACCAACUACCAGCUGCGCAUGGACACGCUGGCCAACAUCCUGUACUACCCGCAGAAGCCGCUGGCCACCACGCGCUCGAUGGAGUACCUCAAGUUCCGUGAGCUGCCGGCCGGCCAGAACGCGGUUGUUGGAAUCAUGUGCUAUGGCGGUUACAACCAGGAGGACUCUGUCAUCAUGAACCAGUCGUCGAUUGACCGCGGCCUGUUCCGCUCGCUGUACUUCCGCACGUACCAGGACGAGGAGGACAAGCAGGGCAUGUCGCAGAUGGGCACGUUCGAGAAGCCUACGCGCGACACCACGCUGCGCCUGAAGCACGGCACCUACGAGAAGCUGGAGGAGGACGGGCUGAUUGCGCCUGGCACGCGGGUGACCGGCGACGACAUCAUCAUUGGCAAGACGACUGCGAUCCCGGCCGACUCGCUGGAGCUGGGCCAGCGCACAAAGAACCACACCAAGCUGGAUGCAUCCAAGCCGCUGCGGUCGACCGAGCACGGAAUCAUCGACCAGGUCAUGAUCACGACCAACUCGGAGGCAUACAAGUUCGUCAAGGUGCGCAUCCGCUCGACGCGUAUCCCGCAGAUGGGCGACAAGUUUGCGUCGCGACACGGCCAGAAGGGCACUAUUGGCAUCACGUACCGCACCGAGGACAUGCCGUUCUCGGCCGAGGGCGUGGUGCCCGACAUCAUCAUCAACCCGCACGCCAUUCCGUCGCGUAUGACCAUCGGGCAUCUGGUCGAGUGCCUUUUGUCGAAGCUGUCGACGCUGCUCGGGUCCGAGGGCGACGCGACGCCCUUCACCGACGUCACUGUCGAGGCGAUUUCGCGCGAGCUCCUGGAGCACGGCUACCAGCCCCGCGGCUUCGAGGUCAUGUACAACGGCCACACCGGCAAGAAGCUGGCCGCCCAGGUCUUUUUGGGUCCCACGUACUACCAGCGCCUGAAGCACAUGGUCGACGACAAGAUCCACUCGCGUGCCCGUGGCCCCGUGCAGAUCCUGACCCGCCAGCCCGUCGAGGGUCGCUCGCGUGACGGUGGCCUGCGUUUCGGUGAGAUGGAGCGCGAUGUCAUGAUUGCCCACGGCGUGGCUCAGUUCCUGAAGGAGCGGCUGUUUGAUGCCUCCGAUGCCUACAGAGUGCAUGUCUGCGACAGGUGCGGCCUGAUGGCUGUCGCCAGCCUGAAGAAGAACCAGUUCAAGUGCACAGCCUGCAGCAACAGCACGCAGAUCUCGCAGGUCCACAUCCCGUAUGCCUGCAAGCUGCUGUUCCAGGAGCUCAUGGCAAUGAACAUUGCCCCGCGCCUGAUGGUCACGGCACAAAACUAAACAAAAAGUUUCUAUAUAAAAAUUUGACGUACUCAAUAUUGCCCCGCAAACAACACAACAUGCAAUCUACUU